UGAGUGUAUAAAGGUACCAGAUAGGGGUGUGUUGCCCAAUUCUAUGUCAGUCAGUCAGUCAGUCUAUAGGUUUGCCUGUGUUAGAGCCGCCAACCAGUUAUUGCUCCAAAUGGACAGUUCACUGCUCUGUGUGCUGCUAGCCUCUGCUGUCCUCCUCUGUAGCACUGCCCCAGUGGUGAGUACGUGUGGGCAUUUGUCUGUCUUUGUCAGGGGUCACAGUACCAUUCAGUGUGGGCUUGUCAGGGCAUGUUGUCAGGGCAUAUUAAACCAAACGGUUGUACUACGGACAGAUGUAAAGGUUGUUCUUUAGCGAUCCUAUAUAGGUGGUGACUACUGUACUUGUAAUACUACUGUAUAUCUUAGUGUAUCCUCCAGAACCUGGAUGUAGGAACACUUAAACACUGGUCUAACAUAAUGUGUGUUAUUGUGUAUAGAGAGCAUGUUGGCCAAGGUCCCUCUGGGUAUUAGAACAAAGGGAAGCAUGACCAAAUGACUUACUGCCUACUACAGUUUGUGUCAUAUUUGAGAUUGGUAUGAAGUACUCUGAAUCUCUAUUUGUUUGGCAGUGGCGUGUAUAGUGAUAGACAGCAGGUACUUUUGCUAACAUUCUGCAAUGUAAUAACUAUGCAAUUCAAAUCAUAGAUAACAAUAUGCAAGAUAGGGAAGCUAUGUAAACUGAUUAGGUUUGUUAGCUGUGUAAACGUACAGUACUAGAUCAUAAAAAGUCAUUCCUAGAAUAUGAAACAUUUGCGCAGUUGUUUGUGUUUGAAGUUGAGAUAUUAGAUGCCAGUGUUGGGGAGUAAUGAACUACAUAUAGUUCAACUAGUAAUUUAACUACAUUUUGCAGUAGCAAAUGUAGAGGUUUAGCUAACUACUGGAACUACACACUACUUUUUCUGCAAAAAUAAAAUAAAGGUGAAGUAGACAAUCAUUUCUCUAUGUUUUGCCAUCAGACCUGCAUAACUGUCACUUAAAACAUUGUUUUUGUGUUUAAUCGGCCAAAUUACACUUUCUGUUAACAUCUGAGUCCAGAGUGAUCUGUUCUUGCAAUUUGUAAUCUAUGACAUUUCAAAUGUAGAUAUGAUAAUUUAUCACAAAGUAGUUCAGAUGAUGUGAACUACCUUUUCACAGUAACUUUAGUUAAGUAAACUAUAUUUUUCUUAAGGGUAGCUUUAGUGUAGGUAGUUUAACUUAUUCCAGUGUGAAGUAAUUGGUAGCUUGGUAAACUAUAUUUUCAGAGUAGCUUCCCCAACACUGUCAGAUGCUAUCAGCAUCUUUGUGUGUGUGUGUGUGUGUGUGUGUGUGUGUGUGUGUGUGUGUGUGUGUGUGUGUGUGUGUGUGUGUGUGUGUGUGCGUGCAUUACGGGCAGUAGUGUUUACCAUCAGUAUGUUUUCUCUGGUCCACAUCCGCACUUUGACCUUCUUGUCCUCCAACUACACUGGAAUUUUGACAAAAAUCAGCUGGAAAGAGUAGUCCUCACUCUUUCCUCCUCCAUUUUACAUGGGAGCACUGGAACAGACAAAGUUCCUGUUAUCCCUUGCCUAUGCUUACCUACCAUUUUCUAUCCUCAAAAUCCAAAGCUCAGACAUUACAAAAUGGCACAGUUUUGUAAUGUCUUACUUUGUCAGAUACUUUCAUACUUAGAAAGUCGAGCCCAUAUUCCAAGCCUUCUAUUUCAUGACUGGUUUUAUCUCUUGUGAAAGCCGUAACAUCAUUUAUUUGGUUCUGAGUGCCGAGAUUACGACUGGUUAAAUGUUUCUAACCAUGGUAUAGGUCUGUGUGUACCUCAUUUCUGUGGCUAUUAUCUGACCUGUAGUCUGACCUCUACUAGCAGCCUUGUCUGACCAGUAGUGAUGACAGAAUGCAUUACUUUAGGUUACUGUCUUUCUGUCUGCCAUGUCUGUAUUUCUGACCCUGUUGGCAGAGUUGUUCCUUACGAAAAAGAUUGCAGUCAGAGUGCAGUAUAACUGCAGUAUGCUGCAAAUACAGUAUUACUGCAGUAAUUUUGCAGUGUAACUGCAGUUAGAGUGCAGUAUAAUUCUGCAAUUACUGUGUCCAAAAUACCAGUCGACUGCAGUUACUGCACUUUUACUGCAGUUUCAAAACUGCACUUUUUUUUGUAAGGGGUGUUGUGUCUGGCUGGCAUAGCCACAUGGGUGUGCCAAUGCUUGGCGCCAACUGAUGGUUAAAAGUUCAGAGUUACUUUUUGGCUAUCUGUCUGUCUGUCUGGCUAGCCAUGGGUGUUUAUAUUUGUGUUGUCAGUCUUCCCAGUGUCCAGGAUGUUGUUUCUAGUGUUUUUUUUUGUACACUAGGCCCUGUGUUAUGUGUAUUGUUAGUUAUGAUUGUGUUAAGUCUUGAAUGACUGUGAUACUGUGUGCAUUGUGUGACGGUUGGUUUGUUGUUUGUGCUCCAGCCAGUUCAUGGAUUGUAUUAUAGUUAUAACCAUGGUUGUGGUUUGUGGUCCAGGACAAGCACGGGGAGUCAGACACUCACUGCCCGUUGAUGGUGAAGAUUUUGGAUGCGGUGAAGGGUGUACCAGCGGGCUCCGUGGCACUGAGUGUCUCCCGACGAGUCAAUGGAAUGACCUGGGCACAGGUUGCUAGUGGGUACGUAUGAGGAUGCACCACUGUUUGGGCAAUGUUGUUAACUGACUUAUUUAAACUAAUAUAAUAUGCAUUCUGAAGGAUUUUUAAACCAAUUUCAUCAUUAAAUGUGUCAUGACUUGCCCUCAUGGGCUGAGGAUCAAAGAUGCCGGCUAGGCAAAGGUUUGAACACCCCCUCUUCUGGAGGCCAGUUUUAUGACCGGUCGUAAAUUCCUUGCAGAAACGUUAAUUUCCAUGCCAUGCAGUAUUGGGAGAGGGAAUUUCCCUGUUGAACAAAGGAAGUCUUCCCGCCAAGACUGCAACAUCCAAAAGUGGAUAAUGAAACAAUAUUCCUACUUAAAUUAAUGUGGGAAAUGGUCGGUGGGGAUUUAAAGAACAAUCAUGUCAAAUUCGUUACUAUGUUGUGAUGUCAUUAAAGACGGUGGAACAACAUAACUGUAUCUCUGGGGGUGUACACUUCCCAGUUAUGAGGUUUGCAUCUAAUUGUUGUAUAAAACGAAUGAUUAUGUAUAAUAAUACUUUUGUGAAGAUAACAAUGUGAUUUUAGCAUUCUAGAUGAGAUUAUUGUUUUCCCUAUUGAUUUGUUCUCAGUCAGUGGCCACGCCCAGAUGAGCACAAACAUGAUGGAACGCCCCUUUUAACCUGAGUGCAUAAAAAGCCUUGAAAAACAAAUUAAUAUUAGACCAGCAGAUGCGAAGCUAGAGCUAAACGUUACAAAAUGGUUUAAAACUCCAUUGCCAAAGGAAGACCAAGCAGAUUACGGUAUAAGCCGGAUGUUGCAAAUGGUUGAAUUUCUACCAGACCAGGAAGCGUGAAGCUGAAGCAACACGUUACAAAAUGGUUAGACCAGAAAACAUGAGACGUUAGUCCACACGUUUGAAAUGAAGAAACUCUGAAACUCUCAACCUCUACACGAGGUGAAGAAGAAGACAAUGCACUAGACCUUAUCAUCUCAGUCUGCAGCUGGCAUGUAUAGUCGUCUAGAGAACAUUCACUAAAGACACGAGUUGGGAAGGACAAUCCCUCUCAGACAACCGUUGGUACAUCUGAAGUAUCUAUUCUAACAGAUAAAUUCUACGAACUACAGGGUACGUUGAAGUAUUCAUUCUAACCACCACUACGACCAGAAACUCUAUCAAGGACAUUGGGAUCUCUGGUGGGCAAACCAGAGUCCUACAUCAUCAACUCAACUAUCGAGGACAGCUACACGUAAAUACAUGUUGCAUUUCUAAUCCGAAUGAGCAGGUGCUAAGCAUUUGUAUUUCCGUGAGCGUAGUUAAGAAAUGUCCGAUAGGUGAAUUCCUUUGUCUCUUCCUUUCCCCCCCUCUCUGAAUCAGCCAACCCUCCUUCUACCCAAGCUGAUUAAUCAAUAAUGUUAGGGUUCUUGCAGGUUCAAGGAUUAUGCGACGUUCAGAAUGAGACUGACAAGAGGCAAUUAUUUCAUAAGUGACUUUUAUCGAUAUAUAACAUAUAUAUCUUCUAAAAGUUUAAUUCGGGAGAUGGUAACUUCUUCCGUGGUGCCCCAAAUUCCUAAUGAGUUAAUUGUUACAUGAUUAAUUUAAUCGAGUGACAAUUAAACAUAGUUCGGUGAUUCGAUAAAUAACAGUCGCCAUAUUAAAGUAAGUCACAUCAAAUCAAAUCAAAUUUUAUUGGUCACAUGCGCCAAAUACAACAGGUGCAGACAUUACAGUGAAAUGCUUACUUACAGCCCUUAACCAACAGUGCAUUUAUUUUUAACAAAAAAAGUAAAAAUAAAACAACAACAAAAAAAGUGUUGAGAAAAAAAGAGCAGAAGUAAAAUAAUAUAACAGUAGGGAGGCUAUAUAUACAGGGGGGUACCGGUGCAGAGUCAAUGUGCGGGGGCACCGGCUAGUUGAGAUAGUUGAAGUAAUAUGUACAUGUGGGUAGAGUUAAAGUGACUAUGCAUAAAUAAUUAACAGAGUAGCAGCAGCGUAAAAAGGAUGGGGUGGGGGGGCAGUGCAAAUAGUCCGGGUAGCCAUGAUUAGCUGUUCAGGAGUCUUAUGGCUUGGGGGUAGAAGCUGUUGAGAAGUAUUUUGGACCUAGACUUGGCACUCCGGUACCGCUUGCCAUGCGGUAGCAGGGAGAACAGUCUAUGACUAGGGUGGCUGAAGUCUUUGACAAUUUUGAGGGCCUUCCUCUGACACCGCCUGGUAUAGAGGUCCUGGAUGGCAGGAAGCUUGGCCCCAGUGAUGUACUGGGCCGUACGCACUACCCUCUGUAGUGCCUUGCGGUCGGAGGCCAAGCAGUUGCCAUACCAGGCGGUGAGGCAACCAGUCAGGAUGCUCUCGAUGGUGCAGCUGUAGAAUUUUUUGAGGAUCUGAGGACCCAUGCCAAAUCUUUUCAGUCUCCUGAGGGGGAAUAGGCUUUGUCGUGCCCUCUUCACGACUGUCUUGGUGUGUUUGGACCAUGAUAGUUCGUUGGUGAUGUGGACACCAAGGAACUUGAAGCUCUCACGACAAAUGUUAUGAUUCUAAUCUAUAAAAUAGUUUUCAAACUGUGACACCCAUCUCUCUCUCUCUCUCAGAGUGACAGACUUGACAGGGGAGGUCCAUAAUCUGAUCUCAGAGCAGGACUUCCAGUCGGGGGUGUACCGUGUUGAGUUUGACACUAAGGCCUACUGGAAGUCUCAGGGAACCACGCCUUUCCACGAAACUGCUGAAGUGAGUACAAUCCUUAACCUUUAACCCUCUCACUGCUCUCAGAGACCUAGGACAAACUAAGGUUGUGUAGCAUGAUGUACUACAGUACACUUUUAGAAAAAAGGGUUCCAAAAAGGUUAUACGGCUGUCCCCAUAGGCGAACCCUUUUGGGUUCCAUGUAGAACCCUCUGUGGGGACAGCCGAAUAACCCUUUUAGGUUCUAGAUAGCACCUUUUUUUCUAACAAGUGUACCUGAAAUUCCUCCUACUGGGCACAGACGCUAAUUCAAUGUUGGUUCCACGUUGGUUCAACGUAAUUUCAUUGAAAUGACGUGGAAACGUUGAUUCAACCAUUGUGUGACAAGUGGGCUGUAACCAUAUCCGUAAAAAAAAAAAUCUUACUAUGGUGUCCCGUCUCCUUAUUAAUACAGAUUGUACAACUGUACAUGUCCCGUGUAGCUCAGUUGGUAGAGCAUGGUGCUUGCAACGCCAGGGUUGUGGGUUCGUUUCCCACGGGGGGCCAGUAUGAAAAUGUAUGCACUCACUAAGUCGCUCUGGAUAAGAGUGUCUGCUAAAUGACUAAACUGUAACUGAAUGGUUGUGUGAACAUUUUGUGCAGAAAUAUUCAUCAAAAAUAUCUGUCAAAUCGAUUGUACAACAUGUGUGUAGUAGGCCAGACAGUGGACAUUUGCAACUCAGUAACGUGCCUAAAGACUAUAUUACAUCUACAACUACACCAGUUUUUUCACCAUAGAUAAACAGAAAUGACUCACCAUGGAAAGUAGACUAACCAUAUAAACAUUUGGACCUAAAAAUCAGAGACAAAAUAAUUUGCAGGCUAAAGGGAAAAGAAAAUAAUCGAAAAUGUGACAAUAAUAUCCCUUAUAUUAUGAAUUAUAUGAAAUGCAAUGCCAUGAUGUGAUUAAAUUGCUUAAGCCAGCACACUGGCUUUGACCUGUAUCAAUAUAUUUUUGUUUGCUACUCUACAAUGUUGUUUGUCCUCAAUGGAAAGAGUUCACAGACCUAGCUGGAAAAAAGUAAUCUGUCUUCCUGGAUGUUGGUCUGUGGGAGUGAAUUCAUAGAAGUAAAAUAGCAGUACAAACUGAUGUGCCGUGCGUGUACAGGUGGUGUUCGAGGCCCACGCGGAGGGACAUCGUCACUACACCCUGGCCCUGUUGCUGAGUCCCUUCUCCUACACUACCACAGCUGUCGUGAUGAACGCACACGAGUGACACAACACACCUGAUACACACCUGACCAAACUUAACAAAUAAAGAGCAGGUAAACGAC